AGGAAUUUAAUUUACGAAAUACCCUGUGCUUAACUGGGUAGUGGGUGGGCACAACAUUCAACAACCAUGUUGCCUCCCCUUCCCCGCUAACCCAACCCUUUCCCGCUCCUCCUCAAUAUCUUCUCACUUCCUCCUUCAAUGGCGACAAAUUACGCAACCUCACUUCGCCAUUUCCCCUUUCAAAUCCUCCCACUUCCAUUUUUCCACUUCAAAACCCCUCAAUACCAUUCCAGAACCUUCAUUAAUACAAUCCCUCCUCUUCGCUGUUUUUCUCCUCGCCGCCGAGGUCGUCGUCGUUCAAAUCGCCGUAACCUUAACAAAAGAAACAAAUCUUCUCAAUCAUCAUCUUCUUCUGAUUCUACAAGGCUCGAAUUUGUUCUCGACGUUGAUCAAUUGAAAACUAAAACACCACUCUCUGUCCAAAGAGCCCUUCAUUUUUUUGAAUCCAAAUUUCAUCGAUUCGUAUCUUCUUCCAUUGAAGCUUAUAAUGACCUUCGAAGUCUGAUUAUUGUAGAACCUGUGACUGGUCGUGUUGUUGUGUCAUGCUCUGGGAGUACUGUUCGAUUUGUUGGUGGGUUUUUGGUUUGGAGUUUUGUUGCUGUUGUUUUGGUUAGGGUUUUGGUUAAUUUAGGGUUAGGGUUUAGGCGGAGAAGUGAGAAUUUUAAGGUGGAGGUGAUUAAGAGGAGGGAUAGGAGUUUGGGUGGGAAAGAAGUGGUGGUUGAGAGGAGAGUUAAGGGGAAUAGUGAUGUUGGGGUGAAUGCUCAAGAUUUAAAGGAAAUGCCGAGGAGGACUUCGAAUCGAAGAGAGCAGAAGAAGUUGCCAAACUGGUGGCCGGAUAUUGGUCCUAGACCUGUUAUUAAAGCAUUUAAAGAAGAGUACCGGAGACAGGCCAACCUACUCGUUCAAGCAAUCAUGGAUGAUAAAUUGAGAGGAAAGGACGUCUCAGAGGAAGAUAUACUUGAACUGCAUAGGAUUUGUAAAAGAUCCGGAAUACAACUCUCCUUCGGAACCGAAAAUGCUCGGGACUCUUUUUAUCGGUUAGCUGUGCACAAUGUCAUUAAAACUUGUUGCAGGGUAGGAAGUCCUUCAGUUCAAAUUGAUGAUGAAGAUGCUCGCCGAUUUGUAGCUGGCCUUGCUUAUGAUGUAGGUCUCCCAAAUCACCGUGCUGCAACAAUUGUUUCUGCUGCUGUUGCUGCUCAAACGCGCUUAUGGUUUUUACAGGCCUGGGCCUUGGAGAUGCAAGCGAAACAUUCAGAAGCUAUGGAAGAGUUAAAGAAGAUAUGUCUAAUACACCAAAUAUUUCCUCCGGAACCUUCCUCACCGGAGAUGGAAAUGGUUGCGCGAGGUCUACAGAAACACUUGAAAGUAGAGGACAGGGAAUUUCUACUGACUAAACUUGUUAGUUUGUGUGGUGAGCAGAGUCCAAGAAGUGCUGCAGAGGCCCUUGGUCUGGCGUAGUUCCAUUUCUUUCACAAUUCAUUGAACUAAUUAUCAAAUAAUGAAUUAGGUUGGCAUAAACUGAUUAAUUUUUGAUAUAAAAGCAAUUUCACUAAUUGUGAAAAAGUCUCUUAAAGAGACCGUCACUGGGCCGGCCCAUUAGAUUUUUUUAAAUAAAAAAGGAAAAUGUAGUGCAACAGCACGCUUAAUCGGUAGGGUUUUAUGGUAUAGUUCAAAUAGGCAUUUAGGAUACGUUAAUUAGGGGUUUAUAGUAUGUCAAGUAGGUGAUUUAAACAUGCUGAAGAUGUCAAGUGUUAUGUGCUGUACGUGUUUAGGUUAUUUGCUGUAAGGAUUAGGUUAUGUGCUGUUGGUGUUUAGGUUAUUUGUUGUAGGUGUUUUUGUUAUGUGCUAUAAGUAUUUUUCUUAUGUGCUGUAGGUGUUUAGGUUAUUUGUUAUAAGUAUAUAUGUUAUGUGCUGUAGGAGUUUAUGUUAUUUGGUGUAGGAGUUUGUGUUAUGUGUAGUAGGUGUUUCUAUAUCUACUUUCGUAUACAAAAUAUCUACUGAAAAUUAUAGUAGUUGUUUUGUGAAAUGAGUAUGCCAAGUAGGUUUUUUUUUUUCUUGAAAUGAAUGGGGUUGGACUUUUGGAAGCUGUUCCUUAAAGAGACGGUCUCUCAAGAGAUUUAUUGAAGCAAUUUUUGAUACA